UUGUCGCAGGAGGGGUGGGGUAAGUCGGACAAAUAUAGAUACUGCCUUUUGUAGAAUCAUAAUCAAGAAGUUUUAAAUUUGAUGAAAAAUGUCGAAUAAUCAUGGUAGAAGACCCGAACUUCAAAAUCGACCUUGUAGUGAUUUGAAUGAUUUCGAAAACAACACUGUAUUUGGUUUGCUUGGAAGGCGUUGUACGAGCCUUGCGACGUCUGUUGUUCAGCUUUAUCUUGCUUUAUCGCCAUCGUCUGACCAAUGGACCAAAAAAAAAUGUGGUGUUGCUUGUUUUGUAAAAGAUAAUCCAAAAAGAUCUUACUUUAUUCGAAUUUUUGAUAUUAGGGAAGGUAAAUUGGUGUGGGAACAAGAACUUUACAAUAAUUUCAAGUACUUAACUCCACGUCCACAUUUUCAUACUUUUGUGGCAGACAAAUGUCAAGCUGGGCUAAACUUUUGCAAUCAAAAUGAUGCAAACUGUUUCCGACAAGAAAUUGAAAAAAAGUUAAAAAAUAAAGAACAAAGACGCAAUGAGAGAAGAAAUCAAACUCGUCGUGAACCAGCACCACCACCAGCUCUUGGUGCUGAUAUUGACACAAGAAACAUGGGUUCAAGAAAUUCACUAUCAAUUGAGAACAACCAAUCAUCGGUGCCAGUCUCUCCAACAACACCAUCCUUUGACAAGAAUAGAAACACCAAAAAAGACAAGAAUAAGAAAAACAAAAGCAAAAGCAAGAAACUCACAAAGGAGGACAUUGGUUUACCAAGCAAUUUUCAGCAUGUUGGUCAUGUUGGAUGGGAUCCUCAGGAAGGAUUUGAUAUUAACCAACUUGAUGACAGUUGGAAAAUGAUCUUUGCUAAAGCCGGUGUAUCAGACACAGAACUACAAGAUCAAGAAACAGCAAAAUUUAUUUAUGAUUUUGUUGAAAAACAUGGUGGUGUUGAAAACUUUAAUGCUCAGCAUCAAAAUGUUUCUCCUCGUUCUCCUUCUGCAGAUGUACCUCCUCCUCCCCCGUUUAGGGGUCAUCCAAGAGGUGCACCCCCUCCCCCUCCUUCACGUGUCUCUUCAGCCCCACCCCCUCCUCCAUCAAGGAGUAGUGCUCCACCCCCACCACCUCCAUCAAGAAAUAGCCCUCCCCCACCUCCUUUUAGAGGACCCCCACGAGGACCAUCUAUCAAUGUGACUGCCCCUCCACCUCCACCAAUGAUAGGUGCAGGAGGUGCUCCUGUACCUCCUCCACCUCCUCCAAUGGCACCUUCUGGUGGAGUACCUCCACCUCCUCCACCAGUUGGUAGAAGGACGGACUUGCUCUCACAAAUCCAAGGUGGAACAAAUUUAAAGAAAGUUGAAGCUAAUGGUGAUCGUAAUGGAUCAAGUGGUGGUGGCGAUGGCAGGACUAACUUGUUAAGUGACAUUAGAAGUGGUGUUAAACUAAAAGCGGUGAGUCACGAUGAACCAGCACAAAAGAGAAACUCUGAUGCAGGCUUGGAUGGUAUAGCUGGUGCAUUGGCAAGGGCUUUGCAAGAAAGAUCAAAAGCCAUUCAUUCUUCUGAUGACGAAGAUGAAAGUGGAUCAGACUUUGAUGAUGACGAAGAUGAGUGGGAGGACUAAUAUAUAAAAUUACCACAUACCAUGUACCUUUCACAUGCUUUGCGAGGAUAUUUUUUCCAUCCAGAUCAAUUUAUGAUAGAUUAACUUAACUGAAAUGUAAUUUUCCACCUUAUAAAAAUGUUGUAUCAACCAGUUUAUGGCAAGUGAAGUUUUGAAGUAUUAACCAAAGCCAGUGACAAUGAAUUUUUUUUGAAAUCAGGUUGUACAUACAUACACACAUCUUUGCUUUAAAGAAUGCUUGGAGUGGAUUUUGUAGAUUUCCAGCCAGUUAUCAAAACAAUAUUGUGUUAAGCUUUAAACUUGCAGUUAUGGCACUUGAAGGUUAUCAACAUAGGUUUAUGUUAAAUAUUAAUUUUAUAUAUGUAGUAAAGGAUUCCAAAAUUAUGACCACAAACAAAUGCAAAGCGUAAGUUAUAUAGUGAUUAUAAAGAGCACCAUGUUAAAAAUACUGCUUAGAAAAUUAAACAUUUAAUAGCACUA